CCAGCCGUUGCCCCGGCCACGCCGCGUGUUAGGACCGCGUACACACACAGGGGAGACCUGCCUGCAGCCCAAGACCCAGGGCUCGCAACCGUCCUGGCAGCCGCCGCCAGACACCGGCCGCUUCCCGGUUUCCUGAGCUCCCAGCAUGAACCGCAAGAAGCUGCAGAAGCUGACGGACUCCUUAACUAAAAAUUGCAAGCAUUUUAGUAAAUUUGAAGUGAAAUGCCUUAUCAACCUCUUCUAUAACCUGGUGGGAGAAGUGACAGAGCGGCAGGGCGUGAUCAUCGGGCUGGACCGCAACGCCUUUCGGAACAUCCUGCAUAUGACGUUUGGGAUGACGGAUGACAUGAUCCUGGACAGGGUUUUCCGAGGGUUUGAUAAAGACAACGAUGGUUGCAUAACUGUAGCAGAGUGGGUUUAUGGAUUAUCAGUGUUUCUUCGAGGAACUUUGGAAGAAAAAAUGAAAUAUUGCUUUGAAGUGUUUGACUUGAACGGGGACAGCUUCAUCUCCAAGGAGGAGAUGUUCCACAUGCUGAAGAACAGCCUCCUGAAGCAGCCGUCUGAGGAAGACCCUGAUGAAGGCAUCAAGGACUUGGUGGAGAUCACACUGAAGAAAAUGGACCAUGAUCACGAUGGGAAGCUGUCUUUCGCGGACUAUGAACAGGCCGUGAGGGAGGAGAACCUUCUACUGGAAGCAUUUGGGCCAUGUCUCCCUGACCCAAAGAGCCAGAGUGAAUUUGAAGCCCAAGUAUUCAAAGAUCCAAAUGAAUUUAAUGAGGUGUGAAUUCCUAAAUGUCAUCUCAACCACAGGAUUUAAAAGCUACCACUGAAAACUGGUAGUCCUGCAUUCUUAACCUGCAAAUAUCUUUGGGAACAAGAUUGCACUUGUGAGAAGCCAAGCCUGCAAUUGCCUGCAUCAUAAAAUCAUCCAAAACAUUCAUGAGUCCCACCUCGGGCUAAGCUGGCAGGGGCGGGGGAGGUGGGUAACCCAGCCUAAAUCAGUCCCCUGCCCGGUCCGCGGUGUAGACGAAGGCUCUGCACCCUGCGGCACCCCUGCGACGCCCCUGCUGUCCCCCUCUGCUGGAGUCUCUCCUCCCCUCCCCCAGCAAGAGUCCUGUCGUGGAGAUGGUUCAAGGGAAUUCCCAUCACACAGGCUCAGAAACUGUACCAAUAGCCCUUCUAGAGAAGGUUCUUCUGAGCAGCGCUUCUCAGCAUCCCUGACCUCCCAGUCGUUGGGGUUCACAUGCAGCUACCGGGGAAAGGAACAGACAUGCACCCCAGAUCAUGUGUUGGUCAUGAUAUACUAACUGUGCAACUGCCUGGUGAUGCCCAGAAAGUGCAGAAGUCACGAGUGUCCCCCUCCUGGGGGACCACCCCUCCCUCUGGUUGGAGCACACGACCUCCUGAAGUGGCUCCAGUCUGGUCACCAGUGAAGGAGGAGCCAACCCUGAACACACCCCGGAACCAGAAUCGGCCCCUAGACGCCAGAUUUCUGGCAGAGAAAAGGGCAGCCAUGGUGGGGCCAGCCCAGGAGACUCUCUCCCCAUCCCAGCCCCAUGGGGAUACACCGCUCCAGGUCCCAUCAUCCUAAGGGUAGCUUCCUGUGGCCCAAGCCUCCCACCAUAUCUGCCAGGAAAACACUCCUCCCCAAGACCCACAUCUUCUUGUCUGCCUAUACCUCCUGCUGCCCUGCCUGCCCAUCUGACCCUGGGAUGGACCCACCGGCCCUGGCAUCUCCACGGGAGAGACAGUCCACAUGGAGGUGUCUGCAGAAACCAGGUGAGGUCCCAGCUGUCCUGCCCUUGGCCUGUGCACACUGUCUCCUGUCCCCACCCCAGGUCUCGACGUGGACAAUGCUCGGGGUCUCAGAGCCGGGACAGAAAGCCAGGUUUGGAGCAGGGCCCCAGGCAGGCCGGGAGUGGGCACGUCUUCCCUGCAGUGGUGUUUUGAGUGGAGCCACUGCCUCCUGGUGGGAGCGAUUAGCCCGGAGCUCAGGACACGGCUGGGCCCUGCCCUGCCACAAGGAGGCCGUGAGGGGCGGUCAUGGGGGCAUGUUGGAAGUCCUUCCCGGAGAGGGUGAGCUGGACCCUCACACAGAGGAUAGAGCGGUGCCAGACAUAGACUUCCGUGUGGAGAAGGAGAAGCAGAGGCCACAUGAUCCCGCAGCACACACAGAAGUGACCGUGUGGCCCUUUCAGAGGCAGGGAGGGACCCAGCCCAAGGACCCCAGCAUGGGGCGGGGGCAUGGAUUUGCACCAGGCCCUCCCACCUUGGUCCAGCUCUGACUGCCUGACACAGGCCACAUGGACUUGAAAGUCCGACAUAAGUGAAAGGUGAUUUGUGAGCUGGUGGGGACUAGAAUACGCACCAUCCAUUAGGGCUGCGCGGAGAAGUUGUGGCCACAGUG